GACUAUGGAGAUCUCCGUCCAGGCGGCAGGUGCCGACCACGACGCGCUCGUCGCGAAGAACUGGAAGAAGCAGUGGUUGGCCAACGGUCGCGAGGAGAGCGGCAUCACUGCGGACCAGAUGGACAAGAUGCUCGCCUACAUCAAGGCGGCGCGCUCCGACCUGUGCCAUCAAUCGUUCGUGGCGGUCUCGCCAUCCGGAGUGGUGGUCGGCUCGGCCGCGUGCCAGCUUUGGUCCGGUCCCGCGCCACAGUUCGACGGUGACAAGGCGGGCACGGUAUGGGGGGUGUUCGUCGAGCCCGAGCACCGGCGGCGAGGGGUGGCGACGCGGCUCAUGCAAGCGGUGAUUAAGCACUGGACCUCGAUUGGCUGCCAGCGAGGUGUCCUGCUGUGCGCCUCAGAGGAGGCGCGCCGCGUCUACGAACGGCUCGGCUUCGGGCCGGGGCACAUGCUGCUGCUGGAACUCCAGCCGAGUGAUGCCGCCGCGCCUGCUCCGAGCUCCGUCACCCUCGAGACGGCGCACGGCGCAGAGGCCGACAUGCUGCUGCUGGAACUCCAGCCGAGUGAUGCCGCCGCGCCUGCUCCGAGCUCCGUCACCCUCGAGACGGCGCACGGCGCAGAGGCCGACGCGCACGUCCUCCGCCAUCUUCGCGCCAAGCACCUGGAGGAGCGAGCCCCAGGAGCCAGCCGCUGGGCCGGGGAGGAGCUCCCUGAGCGAGCUGCUGCCUUCGUCAAAGGGGCGCGGGAGCGGCUCGAGUACGCGGUCUGCGUGGCUCGCGACGCCACGGGCGCAGUUGUGGGCUGCGCGUCGAGCAACGUGUGGGAGGGUCCUGGGUCGAACAACCACUCGUGGCAGACGCUGAUCAAACUCGGCGUCGUGUGGGGCCUGCAUGUCGAUCGCGAGCAGCGCGAGCGCGACGCGGUGGCGGCGGCGCUGCUCGAGCACGUGGUCGCUCGGUGGAGGGAGACGGGCUGCACCAAGGGCUUCGUGAUGGCCGCUUCGGACGCCGAGGCGGCCCUCUUUCGACGGGCGGGCUUCGAGGCGCACAAUGCCAUGACCAUCGAGCUCGGCCGCGCACCUAGCCCGACGUCGCCAAUCGACCUCCUCCGCGGAGUGCCCGCGUCGCGCCUCGCGCUGCUGCGGCUCGCGCUGCCGCAGAUGGUCGAGGCGGCACUGCCCGCCACGGGUGCGGGCAGGGAGCUUGCCGCCGCGGUGGUGGAGGCGCAGGCGGCCACUGGCACCCACAUCGACCCCGAGUCCAACUGGUACACGAAAAACAUCGCCAGGUUUGGCGGCGGCUUCGACAUGAAGGCGUUGACUGCGCAGCCGGGGCUGCUCGCCGCCAAAUUCGACCGGAUGGCGAGCAAGUACGCAGUGUGGACCGUCGGCAACCGCUGCACCUACUACGAUUGGAUCGCGCGAUCGGCGCGCGCCGCGACCGAUGAGCUGCGAGGUGAAGGGGCGGUUCUGGACGUGGCCUGCGGGAUCGGUCUUCCGGGGCACCAGCUCCGCCUGUGCGGCUUCGAGGGCCACAUGAGCGGCACUGACCUCUCGGUCGGGAUGCUGGCGAGAGCACGGGAGCGGCGAGUCUACAACCGCCUCUUCCUCGCCGACGCCAACGCCGGCCUCGCCGCGGUCGAGUCGGAGAGCCUCGACCUCGUGCUCUGCGUUGGUGCGCUCGAACUCCUCGACCAUGCCAUCUGCCUCCCGGAGUUUGCCCGCGUGCUAAAGCCAAAGGGUGAGCUGUGGGCGAGCUUUCAGUGGGAGGACGCGGUCGACGAGAGCGGGGCCGCGAUCGCCAGCCCCACACGCCACCAGAACGUGGCGGGCGUGACGCUGUCCGAGCUCGCUGCGAAGCUAGAGAUGUCGGGCUUCGAUUUCGAUACGGCGCACGUUGAGAAGAGUCACUGCGCCUUCUACACGCCCUCGCCUGCGCAAGACGGCAGCUCCUUGCCUGUGCCGUACCUGUACGUGAAGGCGCGACUUGCAAGCGCACCGGCAGUCGCCCCGGCCGAUGUGUAAGGCGUUCGUAAGUGCUUGUCGGAUGUAGCUGAAAUGUACUGAAAGCG